CGCCAUUUGGGGGUCACUCCAGAGUCUGGAUUGCAGGUAAAUGCCGGCAUUGUACUGUAAUGGUCUGGAUUUCUCAGAUUGGAAGCAUUGCUCUCUACAUCGCUGGGUUAUGUAAGCCGGAUAAUCUCCGGCCCAUGUCGAGGUCAAUUCAAACAAAUUCCUGGGGUGUCGAUAAAGUACCAGGUACGAGUGCUGUGCGCUACGUUUACAAUUGUAAGUUGGGUGACACUCAGUCAAGAUGGCUUCAAGAAGCACAGACGCACCUCUGAAGCUCCUCUCUCAGUUUCUCUCUUUGUCACGUCCUAAACCAUUGUCAACCCGAGUCGUGUGCCUAGCAUGCCGUUUUCGCAACCCAUCUCUUGGUUCGGCAGCACCAGCACCACUCCGACACUUUAGCAGCACAUCACACCUACUAAAGAAGUCCUCCUCGUCCUCCAAAUCCGCACGCAAGUCCCCGGAGGUGACAUCUCCCAAAAAGGCCGAACACAUCCCCGACAAUGCGGCCACUCGAAACCGCGACGCGGAGGUCGACCCAUACGACUUCAGCGAAUUGAAUGCUGGAAUCGGCAAAGCCGUCGCCCGACUGAAAGAUGCACUUCUCAAGACACGCGACGCCGGCCGGAUCACACCUGAUAUGGUCGACUCGUUGCCUGUUGAACUGAAUAUCAAAGGCGCCGCUACGCAUGGUGGUCGUCCCCACCACGAGCGUACCAAGGUGGGCGACAUUGCCAGCGUGGUACAAAAGGGUGGGAGGAUGCUGCAGGUCUAUUGUGCGGAGGAGGCGCACGUGAAACCAAUAACGUCCGCAAUCCAAGCGAGUCCGCACAGUCUGGUGCCGCAGCCGGACGGGACAAACCCAUUAUUGCUUAAUGUCCCAGUGCCGCCUGCGACGGCGGAGACGAGAGCCCAGGCCCGCGAGGAAGCUAAGAAAGUGUUUGACCGGGCGAGUCAGGAUGUGAGGAACGCCAGAGGGGAUGCGCAAAAACGAUUUCGCAAGAUGGAGCUAGGGAAAAUGGUGAUUCAAGAUGAGCUGCGGAAGGCGCAUAAGCAGAUGGAGGAUGUGGUCAAGAAGGGCCAGGACGAGUGUAAAAAGGUGUUUGAGGCGGCUGUCAAGGUUUUGGAUGGAUAGGUGGGAGUAUAUGUGUAUUGACUUGACUGGUUCUCCACCACAUUUCGAGACGAGGAAAGCAAAAGCAUCCGGGAGAAACAACGGCAAAGUGUAACACUAUACUCAAAAGGCUGAUUGGCUAUUCAAAGUCUUCGAAGUGAGGAGUUGGGAGAAGUGUCAUCUCCGACGAUAAA